AUGAAGCUGAAUACACAACCAUCCCAAACUGAUGACUCAUCUUCAAAAAACAGAACCACCAACGACUCCUUCUCGUUUCCGAGCACGCCCAAUCAAGAAGAUUCCGACUUCGAAUUCGGGUCCCUCACCCCAGAUUCACCCUCCUGCACAACAUCACCAGCCGAUCAGCUUUUCUUCAAUGGCCGCCUCCAACCACAUUCAUUCCCUCUCAACCAUGUCACAACCACCAGCAUCGGAAGCAAAGACUCAUUGCUUUCCUCCCGAAGCAAUAGUACCAACAGCAGUUGCAGCAGUGCUAGGACAAGCUCUAGCGACACCUCCGAACGAAAACUGUUUCACAAUAGGGUAAAGCUCUCUUCUAGAUCUUUUGCUCGUCCAGUUCAACAGUCAUAUGGUUGCUCACAGAGGUGGCAGUAUAUAAUGCCUGUGCCAGCGGGUUUGAACCGUGACGCAUCUAAGAGAAGAAAACAAAAACAGGCGAAAAGGAAGGAGAAGAAAAAGAUGAAGAAAAGGGUGUCGUUACAGUUUGUUCGGAGAAUUUUCCGGUGGUUUUUCAUUGCUUGCAGACAAUGCCAUGCUAUGGAACCAUCCAAAGUACGCAAUAAGGGAUAA